UUAUCUAUAAAUACAAACUGACACCAAGAGAAGUUCCAUUAAGCCAAGGGGAAAUGGAGAGAAUGUGCUGGGUUAUGUUGGUGUUGCUUGUUGGUGCAUUGUUCAGUAAAGAAGCCUCGGCAGCUCAACAUGUUGUUGGGGGCAGCCAAGGUUGGGUUGAAUCUGCAGAUCUCAAUUCAUGGGCAUCCGGGGAAACAUUUAAGGUUGGCGAUCAACUUGUUUUCAAGUAUAGCUCAGGGCUCCACAGCGUGGUUGAAGUAGCAAGUGAGAGUGCCUACAAGAACUGCGACCUGGGAACAUCAUUAAACUCUUUGAGCACUGGAAAUGAUGUGGUGAAAUUGGACAAGCCCAGUACACGUUACUUUGCUUGCGGCACAAUAGGCCACUGUGGCCAGGGAAUGAAGGUGAAGAUCACUACAUUUUCCGGCAGUGCCCCUUCUACCCCAGCGGCAGGUUCAUCUUCGUCUACGCCUUCGACUUCCUCGAAAUCUGCUUCAACUUCCGGGGCCUCUGCUAUCAUUCCAUUUGCUUCCAUUGUUGCGUUACUGGCCAUCAGUUUGGUUUAUAUAUGUAUUGAGUAUGUUAAAAUCUGAGGGGUUAAAUUAUAGUCACAAUUUUAUUUGUCUC